UUGCAGUAAAACUUAGGCUGGCGUUGUAUAUUGUUGUGUAAAGGAUAUAGGGAUUGGUAAAUAUAAACUUAAUGUAGCCAGGUAUAUUUAUGUUACGUAUAUUUAAACAAACAUUAGAGAUUUACGGUGGGAAAGAUUAUAGUUUGCGCGGCUAUAGUUUUUGGAAAUAAAAACUUUGAAUGUUAUUUUAUCUAAAUUGAGUAAAUUAACCAAUAACAAUAAAUGUAAUACUCAUAAAACAAUUUGAUAAGAUGUGUAUUGAGACUUACACAGUAAAAAAAUUUAAAUUUUGUCUUUCUAUAUUACCUUUAUUGUCCCAACAUUUGUGUUGUUGCCGUUUAAAUUUAAUCCAUGUUUUGUAAAAUAUGUUCCUUUAUAGUUUUCUUCAGGUGUUUUUGUAAUUAUUCCCUAAAGUUCAUUUAAAAUGUUUGAAGCACGUCUUGUCCAAGGAAGUCUGCUAAAAAAAGUCCAAGAAGCGUUGAAAGAUAUCGUGAACGAGGCGUCAUGGGAUUGCACGUCAUCUGGAUUGAGCUUGCAAGCCAUGGACAGCUCCCACGUCUCCCUUGUGCAACUUACUCUGCGCGCUGACGGCUUCGAGAAAUACCGAUGCGACCGAAACCUCGCCAUGGGCAUCAACAUGACAAGCAUGUCGAAGAUUUUGCGAUGCGCUGGAAAUGAAGACGUGAUCACUCUUAGAGCGGAUGACACCGCUGAUCUGCUGGAAAUGGUCUUCGAAUCCCCGAAGGGUGAAAAAAUUUCCAACUAUGACAUGAAGCUGAUGGACAUAGACUGUGAGCAGCUUGGGAUUCCUGACCAGGAGUAUAGCUGUACCAUCAAGAUGCCUUCUCAUGAGUUUGCAAGGAUUUGCCGUGAUUUGAGUCAAAUUGGUGAGUGCGUCAUCAUCACAUGCACUAAGGACGGGGUUCAAUUCUCAGCCAAGGGAGAUCUUGGAAGCGGUACGAUCAAGCUUUCGCAAAACAGCGCAGCAGAAAAAGAAGAUGACCAAGUCACGAUCGAGAUGACCGAGCCAGUUCAACUAACCUUUGCGAUCAAGUAUCUCAACCUUUUCACCAAAGCUACUCCUCUUUCUGGUGCCGUAUGUCUCUCAAUGUCCAACGACAUCCCUCUUGUGGUAGAGUACAAGAUAGAGGACAUGGGACACAUCAAGUACUUCCUUGCUCCAAAGAUCGAAGAUGAAGAGGAGGCAGAAUAAACUCCAACUAAACACACGACUCUCACUGCCUUUUGUCAGCUUUUAGUUCAACACAUCAUGAACUCUCUAUAUGCCUUCACACAACUGUACAUUAAGCAAAACGUGCUAAAUUUUAAAUCAAACUUGUUAUUUUUUCCUCACAACUGCUGGUAUUUAGCUUAGUUGUGUUGCUGUUGUAUUACCAGUAAUACUAUAACACCUACUUGUUAGUAUGGAUUGCUUUUGAGUACAUUUUCAAUGCUAGACAUAGUUCUAAUGUAAACUAAUUGCUUAUAUUUUGAACAUAUUGUUAAAUUUCCACCUUGUAAAGUUUCUGGGCUGUUGGUAACAUUUCUAG